UUCAAAGAAUCGUACAUGGCCGCAUUCUACGAUUACUUCAAUGAACAAAAAUAUGCUGACGCGGUGAAAAACUUUCUGGAUCUGAUUUCAUCUUCGGGUCGUUGGGAUGAGAGGAGUAUCGAGACUCCCAUCAUGCUGAAGGAGGGGAGCAUUAAACUCGUUAUUAAGAGAUUUGAUGCAAAACGUUCCGGCAGGUUCAUGAUCAAACGAGCUCAAGGACGAAAACGUUUCGGUCUGAAGAACUUUAAGAAGAGAUGGUUUCGUCUCACUAACCAUGAGUUCACCUACCAUAAAAACAAAGGAGAGGGCGCUCUGUGCAGUAUCCCUAUAGAGAACAUCCUGGCUGUAGAAAGACUCGAAGAAGAGUCCUUCAAAAUGAAAAACAUGUUCCAGGUCAUCCAGCCUGAGAGGGCGCUCUACAUCCAGGCCAAUAACUGCGUGGAGGCGCGCGACUGGAUCGAUAUUCUGACUAAAGUGAGUCAGUGUAACCGCAAGCGUCUGCGCAAGUAUCAUCCGUCUGCGUACCUCAACGGACACUGGCUCUGCUGCAAACUGUCGGCAGACACUGCGCCCGGGUGCACGCCCUGCACGGGUGCUCUUCCUGCAAACAUUCAGCUGGACGUGGACGGAGACAGAGAGACUGAGCGGAUCUACUCGCUCUACAGCACUUACAUGUCUAAACUAGUGAAGAUGCAGGAGGCGUGUGGCAGUAGAUCCGUGUAUGACGGCCCUGAGCAGGAGGAAUACUCCACGUUUGUCAUCGAUGAUCCUCAGGAAACGUAUAAAACUCUAAGACUCGUCAUCUCAGCCGUACAGACACUGGAACAGCAGCACACGCAGUACAAACGAGACAAAUUCAGGAAAACCAAGUAUGGCAGCCAGGAGCAUCCAAUCGGUGAUCAGAGUUUCAAGUGCUACAUUCGCCAACAGUCCGAAAGCUCCACCUACUCCAUCUGACCACACCCAGUGAUGAGCUCCGCCCCGCCUCCACGGCAACAGUCGCACCUCAUAAAAGGAAACUCCGAGCUGUGAUAGACAGGAAGGAGAAACAAAACAAAAGCUGAUCAGCGGUCACGCACUUUAUACCUCGCGGCAUAUUGUAACGUAUAAAGACUAGAAGACAGGAAGAGAUCCUCUAGCGAUGGAUUUGAGGCGUUUUUUAUAAACUGGUUAUUCCAUUUGACUUCCAAUCUUCAGGACCAAAUCUCAACCGGGUUUUUGUCAGUAGAAAGCGUCUCAUCGACGCACGUGGCGAGGACCUGAAACUGAAUCUGAUGACGACUGUAACGACGCUUAUAACUCCAAAUAUUUGAUCUGUUUGUUUUCGCCCUUCGUUCAGACGAGUCUCAGUAUUUUUUCACCCCUUUGUGAACGUCCCCCCAGUGUGUUACACGUCAGCCAAUCAUUACGCCGACUGAAGAAGUGCUGUAUUGUGGGAAAUGUACAGUGUGAUGAAGCAUGCCAAACUGAGUCAUUUCAAGCAUGUGGCGUGACACUAAAAGACUUAAAGGUCCAAUUGUUUUGAGCAUCACUGCUUUCUAUUCCAAAUCCUGUGAUUGUUUAUGGUCAUUUAACCACUUUAAAUAUCUGAUGACGUCAAGACAUUUGUGUCUUUUGUACAGGGUGUAUUAUAUCCUUUAGGACGGCGUUUUGUACUCAGAUGCAGGUUAUAGAGUGUUUAAUGUGGAUGUUACUUUUAUUUCAUUUUUUAAUCUCCAGUUUUAUUUCACCCCACAAUCAAAACAGUGAAAUAUGAAAUUAUUUUCUGCAUGAUGAAAAUGAAGAUGUUUGUUGCUCUGUGGCAUUAUUUCCAUGAGAAACGCAUUUUACCCUCACAAUUGUCAGUACUGUAAUGCGAAAAACACCAAUUUCUUUAAUUAUUUAUAAAUCAUUGUAGCAUCUUCAGACUUCUUUAAUGCUGCUGAUUUAAAGAAAAGUGGCUUCGAUGUAUUUUAUUAAGUACUGAGUAUUUUGUGGGUAUAAUGUGUUGAUCUUGUGUGAAAAUUAAAAUCAAUGUUCCUAAAAAUAAGCUUAUUUUCUUCAUGCAAAAAAUGAGUAAUUGCAUGACAUGCCGAUGAAUGAAUCCAAUGAAUUGCAUAAAUAACAAUUUCUAUGAAAGGCUCUAAAUAUAGAUCAUUCAAACUAAAUUGUAUAUAAUAAUAUUUUAAAUAUUCUCAGCAGGAAACCGAUGGAGUGUGUACUCCAGGUAGGGAAGGAGGUAUUGCCCCAAGUGAAGGUGGUCAAGUACCUCGGGGUGUUGUUCACGAGUGAGGGGACAGUGGAGCGGGAGGUUGGCCGGAGAAUCGGGGCAGUGGGGGCGGUAUUGCACUCGCUCUAUCGCACCGUUGUCACGAAAAGAGAGCUGGAAGGCAAAGCUCUCAAUCUAUCGGUCAGUUUUCGUUCCUACCCUCACCUAUGGUCAUGAAGGCUGGGUCAUGACCGAAAGAACUAGGUCACGAGUACAAGCGGCCAAAAUGGGCUUCCUCAGAAGGGUGGCGGGCUUCUCCCUUAGAGAUAGGGUGAGGAGCUCAGUCAUCCGUGAGGAGCUCGGAGUAGAGCCGCUGCUCCUUUGCGUCGAAAGGAGUCAGUUGAGGUGGUUUGGGCAUCUGGUAAGGAUGCCCCCUGGGCGCCUCCCUAGGGAGGUGUUUCAGGCACGUCCAGACCCAGGAUUAGGUGGAGAGAUUACAUCUCCACACUGGCCUGGGAACACCUCGGGGUCCCCCAGUCAGAGCUGGUUAAUGUGGAUCGGGAUAGGGAAGUUUGGCGCCCCCUGCUGGAGCAGCUGCCCCUGCGACCCGACUUCGGAUAAGCGGUUGAAGAUGGAUGGAAUAUUUUAAAUAAUUAUCAAUAAAAAUCACGUAUAUAAAAUACAUUUAAUAAUUCAGUUCCAUAUUUGCACUUUUUGAAACGCAUUUCAAAAUAUAUUUUAAUUAGAUCAAAAUAUGCCGUAUAUAUAUAUAUAUGGGUGAAAUACUCAUCCUUUCAGGCUUUCUUGUCCAAAAUCAUUUCUUGUGUGUUUCUGUUCUCAUGCAGUUAUUGAUGUAUUUAUUUGUUUACGAGGUCUUGAUGUUCUUACGACUGUAACUCAUUCAGUGAUGCAUGUUUUAAUGGUAAUAUAUUGAUCAUCUUUAAUACAGCUCAUAGUUUCCCCACAAAAUGGAUAACUAUUUAUUUUUAUAUCACAGAGUAAUACUUUUGUGAGACGCAGAGUAUGAAGUAUGCAAUAAUGCCACUGAUUAGUAACUUCCUGUUUAUGAUCGAUGGUUCAGUAAUUGAUGGAGGAACUUUGAUCAAACAGAAACCUUAAAAAGUGAGACAACGAUGUAUUUUGUAUAAAGAGUAUUAAUGCAAAUCUGUGACGUGUGGAAAAUGUUUUCUCUUUUUGUCCAAAUGAAUGCAAUAGCAAAGUGAUCUGUGUUCGCCUUUUUAUUCUGAAUAAUUAAUUCAUAUAUUAAAUAAUUCAAUAAUUAUGUUAUUUAUUCAUGUUUGCCUGUUAGUAAAACAGGAUC